AUGGUACGCAAAGCAAUUGGGGUCUCCAAUGCGGUGAUCAAGCAGUCCGCGCUGUCGCCUGCUCAGCGUAAGCAGGUUUUCCUCCCUGAAUUCACCAUUGCCCUCGUCCGAACCCCCUUCCUCUCUCCUCGCUAUGCGCAAUUCCGCGUCCCCCUCAACUUUAACAAGCUCGACAUGCGCGAUUACCUCCAGCGUCUGUACGGCGUGGCAGCCGUCAGAAUUCGCAGUUACAUCGAGCAGCAGCCCAUUACCCGCAUUACCCGAGAUGGUCGCAUGAUGGGCCAGUGGCGACGACCGAAAUCCGAGAAGCGGAUGACUGUUGAACUACGGGAUGAAUUUGUUUGGCCAAAGGAACCAGAGGAUCUGAAGAACUGGGAGAAGGAAGCAUGGGACGCAACAAUCAAGGCUCAGCAUGAGCAACAGAAGAAGGGUGCCCAGCAGAGUCACUCAGCUGAGAAGCCGAAUACUGCGUUACGCGAGGCGCUCGAUAAGCAAGCGAAGGAACUGCAGGGCGACAAAAAGUCCUGGGAGCCAACUUGGAAGACAUUGGGUCUUGAUUUUGCGCAUAAGGAGUUUGCCAACGUCAAGGGUGGAGGUUUCAAGACUCCGAAAUGGAUCACUCUACCCAACAAGCGUUAA